GGCGGCACGCGCAUCUCUACAGAUUGCAAUGUCAACUGAGGGUGGAAAGAAUGCGCUGAUGCCCCGAACCACGCAACGGAUUGCCGGACUGGGGAACUGAGAGCAGCGGACACAAAAUGAGCCACACGGAGAUGGAGAUGUCGGGCUCAGGGCAGGCCACGCGGUCGCGUACGGUGAAGCGGCGGAGGUGGGGCGGCCUGCGGCAGCAGUGGAAGCUCCUGGGCCUCUUCGAGAUCGACCCGCAGCACGAGUUCUACGGCCUCACCUGCAUGAUGAAGGAGGGCCUGUCCGCAGCCAUCCAGAACACCAUCGACAACCCAGUGGCCGAGGAACUGUGUGACGAUGACUUUGGGAUGGAAGUCACUAUGAUUCAUAAGGAGUUCAGGAUGGACUCGUAUGCUGGGCCCGUUUUUGCCGGCUUGCGUCGCUCUUUGGGGAUGACGGAGAAGGAAUACCAGCACUCCCUCUCCUCCGAAGGACACUACCUGCAGUUCAUCAGCAACUCCAAGAGCAAAGCCGACUUCUUCCUAACAAAUGAUAAACGCUUCUUCCUGAAGACACAGAACAAAAGAGAGGUUCGGUUCCUGUUGUCCAACCUCAAAAUCUACAUGGAGCAUCUAGAGAAAUAUCCCCAUUCCCUCCUGGUUAAAUUUCUGGGUGUUCAUCGAAUCAAAAUUCCCCACCAACCAAAGAAAUAUUUCAUUGUCAUGCAGAGUGUCUUUUAUCCAGAUGAGAGAAUACAGGCCAGGUAUGAUAUUAAAGGGUGCCAAGUGAGCCGCUGGACAGACCCCGCCCCAGAAGGCAGCCAGGUCAUCGUAGUGCUGAAAGAUCUCAACUUCGAAGGACAAUUCAUCACACUAGAUCAGCAGCGUGGCUGGCUGCUGCGUCAGGUGGAGAUCGACACGUCGUUCCUGCGGACGCUGAACGUGUUGGACUACAGCCUCCUGCUGGCCCAGCAGCCUCUGCACCACGACGAACGCCACGGGAGCCUCUCAUUCGCCACCCUCAUCAUGCGCACCAAGAAAUCUAUGAUCACGACCUCCAGCCCGACCCACACGGGAGCAGCCCCCUCGGUGCCAGGCACCGUGCCAGAGGAGGACUCCGACAUCCUGGUGUCACAGACGGACUGCGUGACGCGUCAGUGCCAAGUCACCGAGACCCAUAUUGACGACAGCGGUGACCAUAGUGGUGGUGGUGAGGGGGCGGGCGAAGAGCUGGACAGCAGCACCCCAGGAGGAGGAGGAGGAGGGGCGGCAGCACGUGGAUCGGCUUCCGGCCCAACAGAACUCCAGGACUUCCAGGCCCAGAACCGCAGGCUUCUGCCCAACUUCAAGAACCCGCUGCACGUCAUCGACGGGCCGGAGCAGCGCUACUUCAUCGGCAUCAUCGACAUAUUCACGGUGUACGGCUUCAGGAAGCGGCUGGAGCACCUGUGGAAGAGACUGAGGUACCCCCGGCAGGCCUUCUCCACCGUCAGCCCCCCGGCGUACUGCACGCGCCUCUGCCAAUGGGUACAGGACCACACCACCUAGGAUAGGAGGGCUGGACCUGGUUGUUUCAGAGUGGUGCUUAGGGGUUUAGGCAUGGGUCUCUCGCGCUCAUUUAGUCAGACUGUUGACCAAAUGUUGAACUCAAACACGCUUACGGUAUGGAAAGAAACUGUUUAUAACAGGGAAGCAUUUUUUUUCUGCAGGCCUGCAAUCAUUUUGUGUUCAAAAUAUUGCAUUAUGCAGUGCAAUGCUAGUGCAGUUUUUUGUGUGUAUUACAUUUACUGCAGGAUUUCUUUGUAAGGGAGGUGUUUCAGUUUGACAUUGCAAGACUUGGCAUGGGUCUCACUCACUAUUGUUUAGUCUGACUUUUGGCCAAAGAAUGACUCAGACACUGAUGAAAACUGCUGUUUAUAACAAGAAAACAUUAUUUUCUGCUGUUCAAAAUAUUACAUCGACUGCAGUAAUUCAGUGCAGGAUUUCUUCAUACUGUAAGGAAGAUAUUGCAGAGUGUCACUGGAGGGGUCAUUUUGGGUCUUGCUUCCCAUUAGCCUAUUUAGUUUGCCAAAAGUUGAACUCCAACACACACUGUAUCUUCUAUGAGCAUUUUGUUUUUAAACAGUGAACAGAGAAGGCUGCCUACGCUCCUUGAAACCAAACUAUUUAUAUUGAAAGCUGAUGUUUUGAUGAGUCAUCGGAGUAACUGGGAGUACUUCAUCAGAGUAACUGGGAAUACUUCAUCACAGUAACUUCAUCAGAGUAACUGGGAAUAUAAACAGUCACACUUAGGGACAAGCAUGAAAUGACAUUACAGUACACUUAGCUGACGCUUUUUUAUCCAAAGCGAUAUACAGUUAUUUAGGUACAGGGUAUUGGUUACAGUCCCUGGAGCAAUGUGGGUUAGGUGCCUUGCUCAAGGGCACUUCAGCCAUGGAUGAAGGUGCUGGUAGGGGUGUGAUUUGAACCGACAACCCUCUGAUGAAAAGACCAUCGCUAAAGGCCAGAUGACAUGGCCAUUGCAGUAACACGGAGAUAGGCCUAGGGCCACGCUAGCUUGGCGGGUGGUGUGCAGUAGCCCUUAUUUUAAAAAAGCCCUGCAGUGUCCAAAACAUUGCAUUAACGGCAGUAAUACUGUAGCAUACGUAGUGUAAUACUGCAGAGAAACCUUCAGUUUUUGGCACUGAUGUACAAUGACAGAUUGCGUCAUUAGGGAGGUUACCGUAUUCAGAGUGGAACUGUGGUGGGUGGGAAUGGAUCGUGUGUGCCACUGGCCAAAACUUUAACUCACACACAUUAUCUUCUAUUAACCAUCUUUUACAUGGUGAUGACCCAUCCAAGAUAUAAUGACAUGCAGGGAUAAGCAAAAGAUGUUACGUUUUGAUAUUGACAUUUUGUUUCAUUUUUUCAUUUUUAGCAAUUAUAAUGUAAUGUCUUGCUCCAUUUGACAAAAUGGCUGUAACCAUGUGCCUAGUGAAUACACCUCCUGUGCACCCAUUAAGACCUUGCAUGAAUGUUUCUCCAGGAUAUGCAAACGAAUAUAAUUUCCAAUUUUAUAAGCAAUAUAUGCAUCAGACCUCAAAGAAGCACUGUUUCAGCGAGCACCGGAGGACUGUCACUGGGAUCCAGUGGGAUCCAGCCACACUCUCCGGUGCUUGCCCUGACCCAAGACUACUAUGCCAAGGAGAUCAUAGACAUGGGCAUCACAUCAUAUACCGUAUAUGGGUCCUUUCCUGAAGAUCCAGUUGUUUUUUUCUAUGUUUGCCAUGCUUCUGUUGUCCACAGCAAAGAAGUACAUUUACAUUGUUUCAUUUUUGAAAACAUAUUAUAUAC